ACUCCCAAAGCUGUAACAGCUGCACACCCUGUCCCCAUUCGAUCCCCUCCUUUGCCUACCACCUUCCUUAUAUAUCGGCCUCCCUUCUCACCAACCUCUCAUGUUCCUCCCCCUCUGCCCUCCUCUCUCUGUAACUAGAAAGGAUCAAAAAGAGUGAGAGAGAGGUUGACAAGAAGGAGGGUUGGUUGAAGAAGAGAGAUACAGAGAUGGGGCAGCAGCCACAGUUCGGGGACACGACGCUGAGGAAGGUGUUCGUGGGGGGCCUGGCGUGGGAGAUGCAGAAGGAGGCGCUCCGCGAGCACUUCGAUAAGUACGGCGAGAUCCUUGAGGCCGUCAUCAUCGCCGACAAGCUCACCGGCCGAUCCAAGGGCUACGGCUUCGUGACGUUCAAGGAGGCCGAGGCGGCGAAGAAGGCAUGCGAGGACCCGACGCCGGUCAUCAACGGCCGGCGAGCCAACUGCAACCUGGCCUCCCUCGGCGCCAAGCGCCUCCGUCCCUCCCCUCCCGCCACCCCCGCCCACCGCCUGCCAGCGAUGGCGGCCGGAUCGAGAGGUGUGUCGCCAAGACCGGCGGCAACGUGGUACUACCACCCAACCGGAACGCCGCCACCUCCGCCGUCGCCGUUCCCCCACCACCAGCAGCACUACCACGGCGUCCACCCCUUCUACGCCACCGCCGCCUACGGGUACUCUCCUACUUACAUGACGGACAUCGGCUACAACAUGAAGCUAAGCCAUUCGGCCGGGGCAGGGUCCUACGUUCAGGGCCAGUUCUCUCACCCGGCACAAGGAGCGAUGGUUGCUCCUAAUGGAAUGCUCCCGGUGUACCCACUGUACCACUUCCACCCCCAUCAGCCCCAGGGGUUGGGAGUCGCCGCCCGCUUCUUCCCUCCGACGGCUGCCGCAGUCGCUGGCACCAUGACAACCAUUCCUACCAUCAUCUCCAAGCCCACUCCAAUGACUCCUCCCACCACAGUCUGUUUGGCAGUGGAACAGGUCACAGGAUGCAGCUGAGUAGUCGAAGAGGAAGGGCUUGUCAAAGAAACCUGCAAAUCUGAUGAGGGGUUCUUUCAUUUAUUCCAUUAGACCUAUUGAAUUCUUUUAUUCCCCCUAACCUGCAUCCUCAUGAUGCACCAUUUGUAACAAAGUCAUCAUCUGUUUACCAAUGUAUUUUAUGGUAAACUUUUAAUAGUUUCAGCCAGAAUUGUCCAUGGUUCUUAUCUGCCCUGAAUAACAUGUAUUCCAUUUCUGCGAUUCCGGUGCCUCCUAAUUAACUUCCUCCCAA